GGAGGAAGAGAGAUGGGAAAAACUCUUGGAAUGGAACCUAUGGAAUUAACUUUGGUUUGAGUUACGGCUCACCUGGAUUCGAACCUUAACGCUUCGCCUAAAAGAAGCUAGGACAACUGUUUUCCAGCUUUUUUUCCUGGAGGAAUGUAAAAGUCCUCCUUCUUUAAGACAAAUGAGCAUUCCAAAAGGUUGGGGCUGCUUGACCAUUCUGGCACCACGAAACCUCUUUUAUAUGAGAAGUAAUGUUCUCUUUGGUUCACGAUGUUGGAUGAUCCAAUUUUCAGCAGAAAUCCUUUUCAAAUCAGUUUCAUUUAGGUUCUUUGGUGGGAAGUGUGAUAAUGAAGACAGUGAACCUUCGGAGAACGAACUGCUAACCAACUUACUCAGUAUGGGAGUAGACAUUGACAUGGCGAAGAAACGACAGCCAGGAGUUUUUAAUAGGAUGGGUAUUAAUGAGCAGGACCUGAAGAUGUUCCUUCUCUCCAAAGGAGCUAGCGAAGAAGUGAUAGCUAGCAUAAUAUCAAGAUAUCCACGAGCCAUUACACGCACAACUGAAAACCUUUCAAAACGGUGGGAUCUGUGGAGAACAAUUAUGACAUCAGACCUUGAAAUUAUAAAUAUUUUGAAACGUUCUCCUGAAUCAUUUUUUCGGUCAAAUAACAACCUAAACCUAGAGAAUAAUAUAAAGUUUCUCUACUCAGUCGGAUUGACCCGUAAAUGCCUUUGUCGAUUGUUGACCAGUGCCCCGCGUACCUUCUCCAAUAGCCUUGAUCUGAAUAAGCAGAUGGUUGAAUUUUUGCAAGAAGUCUCUUUGUCCUUAGGUCACAGUGAUCCCACAGAUUUCGUGAGGAAAAUAAUUUUAAAAAACCCUUUCAUCUUAAUUCAGAGCACCAAACGGAUAAAAGCUAACCUUAAGUUUUUACAAUCAACAUUCAACCUGAACAAUGAGGAGCUACUUGCUCUGAUAUGUGGCCCAGCGGCUGAAAUUCUAGACCUUUCCAACGAUUGCACCAAGAGAAACUACGCAAAUAUCAAAGAGAAGCUGUUUUCUCUUGGGUGCACCGAAGAAGAGGUACAGAAGUUUGUCUUGAGCUAUCCAGACCUGAUCUUCUUGGGAGAAAAGAAGUUUAAUGACAAAAUAGACUGCCUCAUAGAAGAAAAAAUUAACAUUUCAGAAAUAAUUGAAAAUCCUCGGAUUUUGGAUUCAAGCAUAAGCACUUUAAAAAGUCGAAUCAAAGAAUUAGUAAAUGCUGGCUAUAACUUGAGUACAUCAAACAUCACUCUUCUAUCCUGGAGUGAAAAAAGAUAUAAGGCUAAAUUGAAAAAGUUAAACAAUGGGUAGAACAUUGUUCUGGGGAAUUAAAAAAAGUCUUAAUAAUAUGGCAUUUCACUUUGAAUUUGGGCCUUUCAAAAAGGAGAGGCUUGAUUUCUUAACCACAUACAUACAUUUAAUGAUUCCUUGGACAUUUUAUUUUAACGGUUCUUAAACACUCAUGGUCGGUAUGCUCAAGUAUAGUCUUCCAAGCUACCUUUUCUCUAGCUGGAAUUAAUACAGUCUCCUAUUGUAUGAGAUGGGCUGUAUAAGUGGUAUUCCUGAGUGCCAAAGCAGAACAAUGUAUAGAAAAAUAGAAAAUGCCAAAAUAAGCUUUUUGGGUUUUUUGGUGUUCAAAUUAAGAAGUUGACAUAUUCAUUUAGAUAAUUCCAUUUUCUUUAAUGAGUUAAAUGGCAACCUAUUUUUCCUAUCAUUCCCAUAUAUCUAAUUAAGGUUCAUCUUGCAAAUAAAAUGCCAGUAAAAAUCUGACAGAACUGUAAGGAGGGAUUUUUUUUGCCCCAAGUUCUACAUUAUGUAAACUGCUAUUAUGCUGCCCUGCCCCCCAGCCCCCUAACUUUUAGGCUCAGUUUACUAUGAGUAUAAUCCUGAUUUCUUUGAGGGCAAGGGCAGCUGUGGUAGGCAGAAUAGUUGCCACCCAAAGACAUCAAAGUCAUAAUUCCCAGAAUCUGAGAAUAUGUUAAAUUGCAAAAGGCUUUUGCAGAUGGAAUAAAGUUAAGGACCUUGAAGUGGGGUGAUUACCUGUAUUAUUUGGAUGGACUCUGGGUGAUCAUAAGGACACUAAAAAGUGGGAGAGGGAGGUAAAAGGAGGUCAGGGUGAUGGGAUGUUUGAAGGACUUGCUCCACUUUUACUGGCUUUAAAGGAGGAAGAGGCUGUGAGCCAAGGAACAAAGGUAGCCUCUACGAAAUGUAAAAGGCAAGGGAACUCCUAGUGCCCCCAGAAGGGAAUGCAGCCCUGCCAGGACCUUAAAUUAGGCCCAGUGAGACCUGUGUUAAAAUUCUGAGCUAUGGAACGAUAAGAUAACAAAUUUGUAUUGCUUUAAACCUCCGAGUUUGUGAUCAUUUGUUACAGCAGGAAAUUGAAUAAUGCAGCAACUAAAAAAAAUGAUUAGUUGUAUUACAGGUGAAGUCACAAAAUGUGGUCCUUUUAGUAUAUCUGUAUUUCUUCAUAUCAUUACCUUUUGUAUUCAGCUACCUUUUUGGAAUGGCUAAGUUUUGUAAAAUCCUCUAAAUGUAUGAUAAACACUAAAUGUGAGAAUAAAAUCUAAAUAAGGAAUAUUUUUGCCUAAUGAAUGUAGUUUAAAGAAAUGGUGAUAAUUUCUGUAAGGCAUUUCAUCCAGUGUAAAUAAAGAACAAGGAAUUUUUAGAGGCAUUGACUUAAAGGCAAAUUAGAUGAUGUUUGUAUCUUGAAGACAUUGACAGUCUAACUCUGUUAUAAAUGAAAAGAGAAGGGACAAAUUGCAUAACCUUAUUAAUUACAUGUAUUUAAUUGUUUUCCAGGGUCCUUUGUUUUGUAGAUGUGGAUUUUGAAUUAAUGGCUUUCAACCUUUUAAGCCUUGUUUCCUAUUGUUAGGUAGAUUAGGUAGUAAACUAGGGCAGGGAGGAGGGAGGAGACAUGUCUCAUCCAUUGACUCAGCAGUCCUGAGCCUGGUCCAAUAAGAUGUCUGUUCUGAACAUCAUAAAUAGGGACAGCUCAGGAAGAGGGGAGUCCUACUGGGAAAGAGGGCCUCUGUAGCAAUAUCACUGAGACAAAGAGCCUUUACUAGCUGAGAAAGAAAGCCUUUGUAGCUGUAUAUUACUCCCAAAGUUUAGAAGGGGAAGAAGGAGGGGAAACCUAUAAACUGACUAAAGUAUAUAAACCCUGAACCCCAACAGUCUGUGCACUUGGAUUAGUUAGGUGCCCACCUGUAGUCUCAGUUUACUAACAAACUUACUAACACUCUAUUUAGAAGAAACAACUUUAUUUCUUCUAUAUGUGCGACAUUCAGACUGGCUGGGUGCCUGCCUGUAGUUUUGUGCUCAUAAAUAAACUUGCUAUCUCAU